AGUCUUCAACUACGCAUCUACAUUCGUCUGUCUAGUUCUUUAGUGGCGCUAUGCACGAGGCUCUACACCUACAGUCAUCUGCUAAUUCACAAUACCUACUCACUGAUUGCACCCACGACUCCGCACCACGGUACAAGCGCAUCACGUCCUGCAAACACAUUAGCGACAGCGAAUAAACCCAGCCUUGAUGCGCUCUCCGAGUCCAAGACUGCAAAGCCACACUCGAUUCAGCCCCCACCCAUAAUGACACCCUCCGCGAGAAACGCUGUCGGACACGACACUGUAGAGCUCACCCACAACGAGCACAUCCCAAUAACGGACACCACUCACCAACACUCCUCCGAUCACCCAUGGCCACAACUCCAGAUGCGCGUCGUGCCAGCGAUACACACAACUCACCAACACAGGCAAUCAUGUCUGCUUCACCCUCCACCACGUCCCCUCCCACAACUCUUUACUCUCCUCUUUCGAUUGACGCACACAUACACGAAGCUCCCACCUCGCCCCCUUCUACCUACAUACACACAUACAUUCACACAUCCAUGA